UAUUUUUCAUCGUAUCUCUUUCGUUCGAUGUGUGUGUCUUUCCUUUAGGAAAGAAGAAGCGAGUUACGAAUUUAAUCUGGCGGCGGCACGUCGUGGAGUUGCUCGAGCGCUCGUUCGAGGGCGCUGCAAGUGCGAAGGAGGAGAAGAGCGAGCGAGAGAGAGGAGAGUGAGGAGAGUGAGAGACAAAGAGAGAGAGAGAGAGAGAGAGAGAGAGAUGGAUGGCGAGUAGGAAAGAGCAAGUGUAGCGGGUGGUAGCGCGUGUAGGGAGGGGGUCGUGGGUUGGAGUAGUGGGGGUAGCUGCUGGGAGCGAGAGAAGUCGGUUAUCGGCGGCAGAGCUGGCGGUGCCAGAGCAGGAGGAGGAGGAGGAUGAAGAGGUGGAGGAGGACGAGGACGAGGACGAGGAUGAGGACGAGGAGGAGGAGAAGGAGGAGGUGGUGGUGGUGGUGAUGGUGGUGGUGGUGGAGGAGGAGGAAGAGGAGGAGGUGGAGGAGGAGGGAAGGCGCGCGCGAAAGACGAGGAGGAGCUGUACUGGUGCGCUCCUCGUCGCCGCGGCGGCACGCAGGACCCCCGGAGAGGAAGAGCGCAGCGGCGGCGCGCGCUUACGAGUGAGAGAGAGCGAGUGAGAGAGGGAGAGAGGGAGGGAGACAGAGACAGAUAGAAAGGAGAGAGAGAGAAAGAGAGUGAGUGAGAGACAGAGAGUAGGAACGAGGCGCGCGGUGCGGCGAGCAAGCAAGCGAGCGAGCGAGCGAGAGAUGGACGGCGGCGGUACAGAGUGGCGGUACACGGGGCGCGAGAAAAGCGGUAGUGUGCCGUGGACCACCGCACUGGCAUACCGUGCUUCGUUACGACACGAUACGCUCUCCUACGUACUCGUACUACGUCGACUUUCAAACACCUACCGAACGCACACGGUUCCUCUUGUCUCUCCCUCGCAUCCAUUCGAUUUCGAAUCGCAUCGUUACGACGACGAGUGCCAAGUGUAGUGUGCGGACAUCAUCGAGACUUGUAACUUACCGUAGUUGAAUUGAAAAAUUGUUAGCAUAGUUUGAUAAAAGGGGAGACGUUGCUCUCCAAGACGUUUCUUUCGUCGGGUGUCACGACUGACAGACAGAAAUUGACAGAGAGAGAGAGAAAGGAAAAGAAUAAGACAUUGACAGAAGUAAAGAGAUAGAGAAAGAAAGAGAGACAGAGAGAGAGAGAGAGAGAGAGAGAGAGAGAGAGAGAGAGAGAGAGAGAGAGAGAGAGAGAUAAAGAGAAAGAAAAAAAAAAGAGACGGCCACUGGCCACCGGCUUUUAUAGCCUCAUAUUAUUGCCCCCCAUUUUAUUACAUCGUAACCAUUUAACGAUCAUCCUUUCCAAAAGUGGCCCGAAAGCACACGUUGAGUUUAGCGAAACCGCUCGGCUCCUCGACCGACGCGAUGAAUAUCGUUCGGCGUCGUUUACCGCCUACGGCUUACUGACGUCCCGCGCGACGAAUCUAUCCCCUCUCCUUUUUCUCAAUGACUUUUACGAGACCCUAAAAGCGGUUUAAUGCUACUUCUCUCGUUUCACGUCGUUCCGACGUCGUCUCGCUUUUUGGCGCGAAACCGGCCGCACCGGGCUGGUUAACGAUCUUUAUCGAUAAAAAGAUAGAGAGAGAAAUAGAGAGAGAGAACGAGAACGAGACAGAAAGACAGAGAAAGAGAGAGAGAGAGAGAGAGAGAGAGAGAGAGAAAUUCUCUGAUCGAAUCGUUAUCUGGAUCAUAAGAAAAAAAGGUUACAUUAUAAGUAGCAAGCAAAGCAGGAAGAGAAGUAGAGAAGUAUUGGGAGAGGACAAUUCUCUCGAGUGGCCGUGUUAAAGUGCAAGUGAUUCAAAAUACCCGGGAUAAUGAACUCGUACUUUGAGCAGAGCCCGGGUGGCUUCUACGGGAGCCAUCAUCAUCAGACCGGUGCUGCGAGUCAGCAUCACGAUCCCGCAACAGCGGCAUAUCGAAGCUUUCCUCUUGGGCUAGGUAUGUCGCCGUACGCUUCCAGUCAGCAUCAUCAUCACACGUCUGGUACAUUGGGUAUACAUCCCGGAGGUGGUAGCAACACGAGACCACCUCAGGAUUCGCCGUACGACGCGAGCGUCGCGACGGCCUGUAAGCUCUACUCGACGACGCCCGAGGCAACCGGACACACGACCUCAUCUUACUCGACAACCGCGAGCAAAGAUUGCAAACAACAAGACCAAACAUCGGCCCAUCAGAAUGGUUAUGCCGCGGCGAUGGCCGUGGCUGCCGUCAAGGACGUUUGGCAGUCGGCGACCUCUGCUACCAACGGUCAGACCAAUUCGGUCGUACGUCCUUCCGCCUGUACGCCCGAGGGCACGAGGGUCGGUACCUACGGCGGCCUCGUGGGCGGCGAUCCGGCAUCGAGUCCCGGCAACAACGGCACCUCGAGGUCCCUUGCCUCCACCUGGAACACCUGCAGUCUGAACUCGUCCGCGAGCCAACCGGUCGCCACGCAACUCCAUCAGCAACCCAGCAAUCAUACCUUCUACCCCUGGAUGGCUAUAGCAGGUAAGGACGAUAUUGCUAAGCCACAUUGGACAUGGUUGCAAGGAGCGAACGGACUGCGCAGGCGCGGUCGACAGACCUACACGCGCUAUCAAACGCUGGAACUGGAGAAGGAAUUCCACACGAAUCACUACCUCACCAGGCGGAGGCGGAUCGAGAUGGCACACGCGCUCUGCCUGACGGAACGGCAGAUCAAGAUAUGGUUUCAGAAUCGACGGAUGAAGCUGAAGAAGGAAAUACAGGCGAUAAAGGAAUUGAACGAACAAGAAAAGCAAGCGCAGGCGCAGAAAGCAGCGGCGGCAGCGGCCGCGGCUGCGCAUCAGCAACAAGGCGGCGGUGGGGGUCCUGAGGGGGGUAACUAGGGGUACGCCCUACACCGUAGCCCCCCUGACCACCCCACCGCGAAUCCACACCACCCUCUGCUAGCGCCUCAAUGUACACAGCUAUACUAAGGUGAGUGGCAGGCCGCACCCGCUGUCUCUGUAAUGCCAAAUAGAUGGUCGACGUGCGUAUCCGUCGAUCGUCAAUUUAUCGGUUGCGGCGAAUCAGAUGCUGCACCGGUGAGUGACGAACCCCCCGGACCUCCCGUAGCUCACUUUGACCAAUAUUCUCCUAACGCACAUAUGUACACACAGACACAUACAUAUAGACAUAUUGUACAUGCGCAAACACAUAGCCACACACAAAGAGAGAGAGAGAGAGAGAGAGAGAGAGAGAGAGAGAGAACGAGAGAGAAUGAGAGAGAGAGAACGAGAGAGACUUGCACACGAAACAUAUACACGAAAGCUCGAUAUCCAAAACGUACAUAGGAUGUACGCACCCGUACUAUAGUUUAGCACUGUUGUGUAGUUGAUAUCCCAUAGCCAGAAUUCCUCUUCGGUCUCUGUCCGUAGCUUCAGCUUUCUCGUAGUAUACACGUAGAAAUGGGCAGAGUGAGCUUUCGACACGGUCACCAUUAUUUUCACGGGACACGCUCGUCUCGAUUCUGAGGCGGAUUUUUUGUCGGCGUCGCGACGUCUUUCGUUCGGCGUCGUUUCCUUUCGGCAACAUAUUUUCUCGAGAUCGUUCGAAGCGAAACACUAUACUUUGACGAGAUCCGAGCUUCCUCGAGAUCAUCGUUGUCGUUUUUAUCACCGUCGUCGUCGUCAUCGUCGUCGUCGUCGUCGUCGUCGUUAUUGUCUUGGGGGAUCGACGAGAUAGCAACGUUUUUGCGUACGCGUUGCGGACGACAAACGACUAGAGCUCGUCCGUGAGCCUCUACGAAACCUAAAUACGUAAUGAAGGCUAAACAAGUAUUCGUAAGAUAGUUAUUAGCGAGUAGAGAGUAAAUAAAAAAUAAAGAUGGAAGAUUAAUUAAUGGAGGAAUGGUCGGGGAGCGAAAACAAUGCCGCGAAAAACAACAGGCUCGUACGUGAGCUAUGAUGAAUUUCUUUUCGCGGCUCGAUGUACAAAUACCGUAGGAGUACGUUCUUCUUCUUUUACUAUUUCCUAAUCUUCUUCUUUUUCUUCUUCGUCUAUCUCUAUUUCUAUUUCUCUUUUUUAUUAUUAUUGUAUUAUUUUGUACUUCCAAAUUUAUCGUCCAAUUUAUCACAAAACCUGCGCUCGCGCACGCGUUUAUUUUCGAACGAUCCGAUUGAAUGAAUUGUUAACGGCGCUGUUAUGUUUUUGUUAUUUUUAUUAAGAUUGCGAAACGACACGAGAAUACAUUUCCGUCGUCCGUAACUUUAAAAAGUUACGCGUACGAAAUAGUUUCUUUCUUAUGAUCCUUGAAUGAAUGCGACGGAUGACGGACAAGUGAUUCUUUCGAUCGAUACAAAAUGUUAUUUUAUGUUGAUAUGUUCGCGGAUAAGAAUUUUGUUAAUAUUAUAUAAAAACUUUUAUUAGAUGCUCGGUAAAAAGAGAUAUAAUAUUUUUUCGUUCGGAAGCGUUCGAAAUGUCUUCAAAUCUUUUUUAUGUUUUUUAUGUUUUUUAUUUUUCCUUUUGUUUUCUCUUUUCUUUACUACUCUUCAUUCUUCUUUCUAUUUUUUCUUUUCAUUGUCUAACGUCGUUCUCCAAGAAGCAAGACGAAAAUAGAGUUAUAAAGAAAAAAGCUAUAUAUAUAUAUAUAUAUAUAUAUAUAUAUAUAUGUAUAUAAUAUCGUACGUACCUACCUUAGUACCUAGAAAGCCUGCGAGACGAGAAAGAAGAGCGUGUCGGCGCUACCAUAAGUAGUAACGCUGUUCUCUAGUUAAUGUAUGUAUACGAAUACCUAAUCGCUAAGAGGGGAGGGGGGGGAGAUCUUGCGAGAAAUAAAAUUUUAGAUAAACCGCAGUAUUUCGUAAGAAUGAAAAUUGUAAUGUUAAUAAAUAAUUAUUUAUUUUGUGGAUCUCGGAAAGAAGUAAAAACAAAACUAGAAUCUUUUAUCUGCUACGCUGUGCUAUAAGUUAUGAAUUUAGGCAAGAGUAGGCAUAAUUUAGAAGGGUAGACGUUACCCGCGUGCGUAGUGGUAGACGUAUUUGUGUAAACGUUUUAAAGUGGCGCAACGAUCCUUUUUUGUAAUAUAUUAGAAUAUUCGUUGUUUACCAAUCCGAAUCCCAGAUUGUGUGUGUGUAUCAGAGAAAAAAGAGAACGAAAGAGAUAACGAGAAAAAAAAGAGAGGGGGAAAGAGAGAGAAGGAGAGAGAGAGAGAGAGAGAGAGAGACAGAAAAAAAUGAAAAUCCGCAUGUGUAUAUGUGUUCUUACGUGUGCGUGUGCAUGUGCGUGUGCGAGAAAGAGAGAGCAUAUGCAAAAGAAAGAAAGAAAGAAAGAAAGAAUGAAUGAAUGAGCGAGUCAGGGCCACACCUGCCGUUUACGUAUAACGUUGUAAUGAAACGCUCUCUUUUAGGAGCGGUCAUCGUUUCGAAGCCUGUUGUAAUAUUACAUUGAUUAUACGAUUGCUAAAAAAAUAAAUGCUAUAUAAACUUAA